AUGGCAACUGAGAAAGUUCUUCAAGAAAGCCAACCGUCAUCUGCUGCCAUGAAUCCUGCCAUCUCUUCGUGUAGAAAGAAGAAAUCCGAGAGUGCCACUUUCUUGGAGGAUGUAAAGGAUCACAUCGAUGAAUUUAUCCAUGCUUCAAUGGAUGAACACAAAACUUGCUUCAAAAAGACAGUCCAGAAGAUGUUUGGGAUGUCAAAAAUUGUUGCAGAAAGGAGUGCCAAUGCUAAAGAAGUUGAAAGUUCUCUUCCCCUACGAACGACAGUUUCUGAGUAA